AUGAAGCUCAGCUCCGUAGUCUCGACGGCGAUAGGCCUGGGCUCUUGCUCAGCGUCAGGGCUCGACUGGAUCAGCAAAAACGAAACCCUACCCAAAGUCUUGAUAUGCAGUGCCGGUGGUACCAUUCUAUCAGCCUCCAACUACAGUCGUCUUGACAACAUCCACUACGGAGCUGGGGAUGGCCCUUCGGCUCUUGACCUGAUCGAUACAGUCCCAGAGGUACUUGAUGUCGCUCAGCUUGCUGUGAUUGAGUUUCCUGCUAGCGGUGGCAGUGCAGGGCUCAACUCGUCCCUGUACCUCAACAUCACCCAGCACCUGAACAAGUACCUAUGUGAUGUGGACUCGGACAUUACUGGAGCGAUCAUGUUCCAUGGGACCAACACACUGGAAGAGACGGCAUUUGGAGUCGAUUUGACCUUUAACUGCUCGAAGCCGUUUAUUGCCACGGGAGCCAUGCGGCCAGACAGCUAUAUCUCCCCUGAUGGCCGUUCGAACUUCUUCCAAGCCGUUGCCGCCGCUUCUGCUCCCUCUUCCCGAAACCGUGGAGGGCUCAUUGCGUUCAAUGACAAGAUCACCUCGAUCUACUACUCCACAAAAGUCAACGCCAACACUCCAGACACCUUCAAGGCCAUCGAGCAAGGGACCCUCGGUGCAUUCCUUGGAGGUCAACCCUACUAUUAUUUCGGCCCGUCGUUUCCCACAGGACGACCCCAUUUCAACGUCUCUGACACAGUUGAGCUGCCGUCUGUGAUUAUUCUCCACGGCCAUCAGGGCUUUGACGCAUCCCUGAUGUACGCCGCUGUCGCAAAUGGCGCAAAAGGGCUCGUCAUAUUUGGCCCCGGGGCUGCAGCGCUAAGCCCUUCUGCCCGCGAAGCCGCAGAAGGCCUCUAUGCGAAGGGUAUCCCAACGGUGGCAGUCGCGCGACCAGUCACCGGCACUGGGGUACCGGAUCUUUAUCCAAACGCGGUUAUCUACGCGAGCUAUAUCGGCGGCGACCAGGCGCGAAUCAUGCUACAGCUGGCCAUCAACGCUGACUACGAGCUGGAUGAAAUUCGGGAUUUAUUUGAGAGCCCCUUGAGAAAGGCGCUUUAUACGUCUCCCGCGAGCCAGGAGUACUAUUAUUCCAACUGA